AAGCUCCAAAGACACAAAGAAGAGCUAAUGUUUUGAAACUCACUGCUUCACACUGAUUAUGGACAUUUUGCAGUUUUCUGAGGUUGUUUAAGAGCAGGGACGUGAGGUUUAACAGAUGUUUGUUUACAGUUUCGUCGCGUAGAGCCGUGAGUAAAGUCUGUUUUGGUUGAGUCUGUUCAGGAUAAACAUAGAAACACUAUUCCGCUCACAAACUGAAGCUAGCUAAGAGCCAACUGUCCAUAAAAACAACACAAUCAGUCAUGCCACGACCAUCUGAGUGUUAGACAGACAUUAUUAUCAUGGCAUCUGUUCAGUACAGGGCUGGACUUUAUACAAAGUACAGCAGAGGAUUUUUACGGACUUUGACAGGACGAAACUAUCAUCAAGCUCUGAACAAAAUCUCUAAGAACAAUGGGAAAAACAUCUUAUAUAGGAGCCAAAGUCAACUCACAAAGACUCUACUCUCAAAGUCUGAGAGGCUGCUUUCAGGUCCAAACCAUCACUUUAUCCAGAGUCUUCUUUUGCAACCCCUGAGUCCAGGACUGAGUGACAUCAGCACAGACCUCAUUAGACGUCAUUUGCUAAGGAACCCAGUUGGAUUGAUUAACAUAUUAGGAUCAAGAUAUUUUUUCAACACCUCCCAAUCAAGACAGGAGAAGAAAAAGACUGAAGGUCCAAAGGGUCGGACUCCAGAAGAGGAUGAAGAGGAUAAGAAACGCAGAGAACAAGAGGAUCAGAUGUACCGAGAACGUCUUCGAACAUUGUUUUUUAUUGCACUGAUCAUGAGUUUGUUAAACUCCAUAAACACCAGCGGUGGCAACAUCUCCUGGAAUGACUUUGUCAAUGAAAUGUUGGCAAAGGGGGAAGUGUCACGUGUACAAGUCGUCCCUGAAAGUGACAUUGUGGAAAUCUAUCUUCAUCCUGGAGCUGUUAUUUUUGGGCGACCUAGGCUGGCAUUGAUGUACAGAAUGCAAGUCGCCAACAUUGACAAAUUUGAAGAGAAGCUCAGAGCUGCCGAAGAGGAGUUGAAUAUUGACUCAAAAGACAGAAUCCCCGUCUCAUAUAAACGCACUGGAUUCUUUGGAAAUGCACUUUAUGCUCUUGGGAUGGCAGCCAUUGGUGUGGCUAUUCUCUGGUACAUUUUCCGUCUCGCCGGCAUGGGAGGCAGAGAGGGUGGAUUCAGUGCAUUUAACCAACUGAAAAUGGCAAAGUUUACUAUUGUUGAUGGCAAAUCAGGAAAAGGAGUGAAAUUUAAAGAUGUAGCUGGAAUGCACGAGGCCAAGAUGGAAGUGAAGGAAUUUGUGGACUACCUUAAAAGCCCUGAUCGAUAUCUGCAGCUUGGAGCGAAAGUACCCAAGGGCGCCCUUCUGUUGGGGCCACCCGGCUGUGGCAAGACUUUACUGGCCAAAGCUGUUGCCACUGAGGCCCAGGUGCCUUUCCUGGCUAUGGCUGGCUCUGAGUUUGUGGAGGUCAUUGGAGGUUUAGGUGCUGCCAGAGUUAGGAGUUUGUUCAAAGAGGCUCGUGCCAGAGCUCCGUGCAUUGUGUACAUCGAUGAGAUUGACGCAGUGGGGAAAAAGCGCUCUACCAACAUGUCUGGCUUCUCUAACACUGAGGAGGAACAGACUCUCAAUCAGCUCCUGGUGGAAAUGGAUGGAAUGGGAACAACAGACCAUGUGAUUGUACUGGCCUCCACCAACAGAGCCGAUAUCUUGGAUAACGCUCUUAUGAGACCAGGUCGACUGGACAGGCACAUCUUCAUUGACCUGCCCACUCUACAGGAAAGAAAGGAAAUCUAUGAGCAGCAUUUGAAAGUUCUAAAGCUAAACCAACCAGCGGGCUUCUAUUCUCUGCGCCUGGCUGAACUCACUCCGGGCUUCAGUGGUGCAGACAUUGCUAAUAUUUGUAAUGAAGCAGCGUUGCAUGCAGCCAGAGAAGGCCACAAGUAUAUCGAUACUAUGAACUUUGAAUACGCUGUGGAAAGAGUAAUAGCAGGAAGUGUUAAAAAGAGUAAGAUUCUUUCGAAGGAGGAGCAGAGAGUGGUUGCUUUCCAUGAGUCUGGACACGCUUUAGUCGGCUGGUUACUUGAGCACACAGAAGCAGUUAUGAAGGUGUCCAUUGCCCCACGGACAAAUGCAGCUCUGGGGUUUGCUCAGAUUCUGCCUCGUGACCAGUAUCUGUUCACAAAGGAGCAGCUGUUUGAGCGCAUGUGCAUGGCCCUGGGGGGCCGCGCUGCUGAAGCCAUCACCUUUAACAAAGUCACCACAGGGGCUCAGGAUGACCUGCGUAAAGUGACCCGUGUGGCGUACUCCAUGGUAAAACAGUAUGGCAUGUGUGACAGUGUGGGACAAGUGUCCUUCCCUGAUACAGAAGAGCAAGGUGCCAUUGGACGUCGCCCUUUUAGUCAAGGACUGCAGCAGCAGAUGGAUCAUGAGGCCAAGAUGCUGAUUGCUCGAGCCUACAGACAAACAGAGAAGCUGCUGCUGGACAAUCGAGACAAACUUACAAUGCUGGCGAAUGCCCUGUUGGAGCGUGAAGUGGUGAACUACGAUGACAUUGAAGCUUUGUUGGGACCUCCCCCUCACGGCCCAAAGAAGAUGAUUGUCCCGCAGAGCUGGGUGGAGGCAGAGAGAGACAAACAGGACACUGGAGAGGACGACACGCCUCCACCUCCUCGAAAACACCAAGAGGACGAUGUCAAUCCACAACUGGUCUGAACGUCACACGCCUGUGCAGAUUUCACCACUGUCACGAGUUCUGUGAUUUAAAUUAUAAUCGACUGUGAUUCUGGUCAGGAUUUAUGCCAAAUACUGUAUAGUCAAGAAAUAACAUAACUGAUGCUUAAAUCAGUCUAUAAACAGCACUUCUGAACAUGGGGUUAAUUAAGUGGCUAAAAGGUUUGCCUCUGCAGCUUCUAGGACUGUAUUUUAUUUAAGUUUGGUUGGGGUCAGUGGAGUUUAUUGAAUUAUUUAAAUAAAAUGUUCCUAACAUUUCUACCUGCUGUGAAAUGUGUUUAUUGAGGCAGCAAAAGCAAUGACAAAUACAAGAGAAAAAUGCACAUUUAUUUUGUAAUUCAUUCAAAACUUCAAUAAAACGCAAACAAAAAGUG